AUGAAUUGUUUACAUGGGAAACCUGCGGCAUAUUCUACAACAAGCAAUGGAACAUUUUGGUUUUGUGGUGAGGAUCCAUCUUGCAAUUUUAUUUGUGCGGAGAAUGAAUGUUACAUGUACAAGAAAGCUAUAAUGACAUGGAGAUGUACAGAUCAGCCGCAUCUGCGAUAUCGUGAGCAUAAUAAGUUGGCGAAGAUGUGUGUGGUGAAGGACUUGAUGAAAGAGAAUUUCGGGAGACCAUUUUUCGUUUGUGGGGAGAAGGGGAAGCAGUGUUCUUUUUGGACGUGGGGCAUUUGGACGUGGGACAAGAAACAUGGCGUACUGUCAAGAGCUCUGUGAAGAGGGACUUUAACUUUGAAAGGUGAAAAGACAGAGGAAGUCAAAAGCAAACUUGUUCAAAUUAUCCAGCGUGAAAAAGCGGCGAAUACGAGUCAAGAUGGCGAUAAAAACUUGCACUCUAGCUUGCAUAAUUUAACAGUGCUCACCGAACCGAUGAUUAAUGAAGCAAGUGAGAUAAAUGUCUUAAAGCAAACAAUGAACGAGUUUAUUGAGACAAUGGCUGCUAAAUUUGAAGUCUUAACAUCUGAUGUUCACAAUUUAAAAACUGAGAAAUUUGAUUUGUUGGCUGCUGAAAUUGAUGACUUAAAAAGUAAAGACUCCUAUGCUAUUGGUGAUGAGCUGAAGAGUGAAAUUAAUCGACUUAAACUCGAAAAUACUUCGCUUUUUGAGAGAAACCUCAAUCUGUUAUGCACUGUCUCAGAUUUGAAUACCAAAAUUAAGGAUUUAGAGAAUGACAAAAUGAGCCUAAUGACAGCCAUUAAGUUACUCCAGGUUGAUGUUAAUGUUCAAGGGGAAACCACAGGAUCUUGGACAGAAAUCAGAAGUAAUAAGAAGGCUGAAUCCAAACAUCCAACGGACAGUUCGAAUGCAAGUAGAUCUUCGGUAAUCACUGUUGACGAUUCGUUCGAUGAUAAACCUGAAGGCCCCUCGGUGAGAGUUAAUACAAACAGUUUUCCCUAUUUAGCGUGGAAGGAACAGACACCAGUGCCAAUGAGGUAA